AUGUUAAAAACACGUUUCCUUGAUGAGACUUCAUCAAAAAGAAUUACGACGGCAAGGACCAAUUUUUCGACCUCAGUUUCCGCACAGCAAAAAGCUAAAGUUUUAUCAGAAGCCAAACCUCUUUUAGACGCUCAUUUAAAAUGCAAAGAAUUAUGAGAAACCUUGCAGGUUGCAGAUUUUAAAAAAGACGGGAAUUUAAAUGAUGCAGCAUUAACCAUACUUGUUGACAGGCAGAGCAAAAAUCUGUCAGAUUUGCUGCUAGUUCAUAAUGUAGAGGAACUUUUAGAUGUAUUGGAUGAAGAUGAGGACGGUUUCAUCAAUGAAGAUGAGCAGAUUUUGAUGUUUUCCAUCAUAAAAGAGCGCAUGCAGUUGAUAGCUGAUGAAUUGAUGAAUAUUCAUGAAUAUGGGCUGUAUAGAGAUAUGAUGAAAUCUGUAAGAUUGCUGGAAGCUGAUAUUUUAAAUUACCAAAAUAUUCUGAGACAGAGAACUCAUCAAAAAGAAUUAUCGAUUUAUCAAGAAAUUGGGAUACAAAAAGAAGAAGAAUUUGCACAGGAUUGGGACAGGAUUUUUAGAGAUUUUGAAAUAAAAUGCCAAAAAAAUAUGGAAGCACUUAAACAGCAGCAUACUCAAGAAAUGGAAGAACUUAAUAUAAGGAUGCAGAAAGAUGUGGAAUUUGUGAAAGUUAAGCCCAAAUCGAUUUUAAGAGAGCUGCAAACAAGAGAAAAAUUAGUUGCUAUCAAUGAAAGAUAUGCAGAAGCUCAUCAAAUCAGAACGGAGUUAGAAACAUUAGAAAUUGAAGAGCAAAAUCGAGUAGAAAACAAGAUUUUGUCUGAACAAGACAAAAAACGAAAAAAAUUGCUAACUUUCCACCUCAGCGUGCAAGCAAAAUCAUACUAAUUUUUUUGUAAAAAAGCUCAAGUCCUUUAGAGCACAAAAUUUUAACAUAAAAUUUUAAUGAUAAAUAUAUUGAUAAUAAGUGAUAAUUUUAUAAUGAAAUCUCUAAAUUAAUUUGUUGAAUUUAUCAGCUUGGAUUCUAAGCAUAAAUUCUGCAAAAAUCAUUAUUUUUACUUUCCAAUUUUCGCAAUUUGAAAUUUUUUAAUUUUGAAGACAAAAUCACGAUAAAAUUAUAUAUAAAUUAAAAAUAAGUUAAUGACUGCCAUCACUGGGCAAAUUUUUUUUGUUCACUCUUAUAGAGAGGGAGUAAAGGAGCAAGAAAAAGAAGUCCAAUUCGCACUCAUGAAAAAUACUGCGGCUCUCAAUAAAUUGAAAAUUAAAAUGCAGAAUGCGAAAACAAGGCUCGAUAAAGAAAUAAGAUUGCAUAUUCAUGAUAUCACAAAAAAUCAAAAUUUAUCAAGCAGAUUAGCAUUGAAAGUUGGGGAAACUAGAGACGAACUGAGAAGAAUAAAAAACAAGUCGAGGAAGAUGCAGGAGUUUUUAAAAGAAAAUAAAAGAGCUCUAUCAAGGAGAAGGUCUUUAGAAGUUCACACGGCCCCAGCAUUCCAUCCAUCUCAAAGCACAGUGUCUAGAACUACAUUGAAUCGUAUGAGUCCUUCUAAAAUGGGUUCAAUGGUGAGUGUAAAAUCAGAGAGCGUUUUGAAGCAUACUUUAAGAAACAUUACAAAAUUCAAUAUAAAAAGUGAUGUUGCAGGAAGUGAGAGGCCUGUUAACGUGAUCCCUGAAUUUAUGAGCUCAACAUCAUUAGCCAGCAAAACAAGAAAAUUAUUAAAACAGUCGAAGAAAGAAAAGGACUCUUUGCCAGCAUUGACAAUACUUUAUAAUGAUAAGCUAGAGAGAAUAAUUAAUGAGUAA